UCAUAAUGCAUACCGUAAUACGAGAAAGGACUGGCAGUAUUUGCAACGGUGUACUGAGAGACGUUCACGCUGUCCGUCGGUAGGGAAAAUUUAUUCAGUAAGACAAGCUCAGGCAACCCUGAAGAAACUUGAAGAUGUCUCGUUUCUUGAUGAUAUCGCUGGGUCUGUGCCUGAUCCUGAUUCAGGUCGUAUCUGCUCUUCCGUAUAAGGAUCAGGGAGUGUUGGAAACGGAGCUGUUUAAACGUUUAAUUCAUGAGCUGGAGGACAUAGCGCCGAUACAAACAGAGUGUGAAGGAAAUUUGAAUGACCUGGAUGAGCGUUAUCGGUGGUGCUAUGGAAGCAUCUGCUCGUACGAAGUCCUCAACGGAACCAGACUGAUCAGUGUCAAGUAUAACAACGCCUCCAGCCCCGAACUUCGAAUCGAAGUCACGGAUAUGAAUUUCAAUGUGCUCUAUGCGGCAUCUCAGCAAGACUUGGCAUUGCCUCUUACCUUGGAUUUCUCCGACUGCGUGUCUAAUGCUGACCUGGUCCGGUACCGAGUGACUGUCAGUGAUGUCACUGGCGGCCAGCAUAUCACAGCAUGUGUGGACCUAUCCCUAGUCGAUCGUUAAAACUUCCCAGCAUCGAUGGAGACCUCUUCCGGCUAAACGAAACUAACUCGACGACUCGCAUGAUUUUUUCCAAUAAUGUCUGUCUGCCUUUUGCUUUUGUUGUUUUUUUUUGUUUACCUUGGUUUAGUUUUGUUCUGAUUUUUUUUCUUUUCUUUUGGUACUAGAAAUGUGGUAAAGUAGUUACUGUCUAACUUUUUAGCACAUGGAAAGUGGGGUGCAUCAGCUACACUAUUAACAAUAAUCCUGGCGAAUCCCGGGCCAAUAGGGGCCAUCGUACUUUUUUAUCAUAGGAAGAACAGCUUUUUCCUGUACCUUUUAUUGUCCAUAUGAACGAUGAGGCUAAAUUUUGAGGGCUUAUAGGCAAUAAAAGGUUACACAAAGAACUUCCAAUUUGGGGGGUCCCUUAUUGAGCCUACCCCCAAAAAUAUCUAUAUCCUAAUAAUUCGCAAUAUGAAAACAUUUCACUAAUGAUAACAAGUUCUUAAUUUAUAAAGGGCAACUUUUACACAGUCACGUUCAAAUGCGCUGUACAAUGAAGGUAAUUAAACGUGGUCUAGUCGAUGGCGUACAAGGGCGCUUCAUCAAGCAACUGCCAAACGACCCACAUCCACCUAUCUCCAUAGAGGAGACAAUAAGGAGCAGUUACAGUUUUACAGGUGGGAGGAAACCCCCUGGGAAAAAAAAGUAUGGGUAAAACCCACGGAAUCAGGUUUGUACGGACUGAAAACCCAAUCCACCUUAGGCCCAAGCCGGGAUCAAACCCAGGCUGCAGAGGUGAAAGGCAAUUCAGAAAAAACAAACCAAACAAAGUAUUUUGCCAACCUGAGAAGACUUUGUUUCAACUUUGAAAUUAAAUUUUCUAAGUUGUAUUUGUUUGUUUUCCUCCCUUAGAAAUGUUUGCAGAGGUUCAAUGACAUUUAUUAUGAACGUAAGAGUACCCCCCCAAACACACACAAAAAAUAGCGGACUUUGAAGUCUUUCAUGGCACGAAGAAAGCCGAGUUUGAGGGAAAUGCAUGUAAGCCUGGUCUCCAAAUUUUACAUUUGGUUCAUUAGAAUAGCCAAGCUCAUGAAAAAAAAAACAAUACUGUAUACUUUGCAACUCGUUAGUGCGUUCUCACGUGAAGAUUUUCAACAAAAAUAAUCUUGGCACUCGGGCUGACUUGGCUAUUUUGGAGGAAUCAAUAAUUGUUCCCAUCCGUAUAAUGGUACGCUAUAGGCGCUGCUCAUAGGUGCUGCUUCUCGAUUUAGAUGCAGUGUUUAUUUCAAAACAAAAUAGAUGUAGGUUUAAUGCAUGUGUUCCGUCGCUUCGUUUCACAUUGAUCAUGUUCCUUCUUUUUAUGCAAUAAAACACUUCGAUAUUGAAAUUA